UAUGUCAUGAUAAAAUACAGAUUACUUCCAAAUCCUUUUCCUCUAUAUAUGUAUGUCUCUUCCAUAUGAUUCACCAACCCCAAAACAAAAUUUUUUAAACGCAAAAAUAUCAACAUAAAUUUAACAUGAAGACAACAAAAGUACUAGAACGCAUGUUUUGCUUCAUCUUCUUCUUAUUGUUCUCCAUCACCAACAACGUGGCAUUUCCUCUCUCUACGAACUCUCGUUGGAUCAUCAACGAAAAAGGACAAAGAGUGAAACUGGCGUGUGUGAAUUGGCCAGCGCAUCUGCAGCCUGUGGUGGCAGAAGGGCUCAGCAAGCAACCGCUUGAUGCCGUGGCCAAGAAGAUAAUGGCAAUGGGUUUCAAUUGUGUUAGGUUAACUUGGCCACUAGAUUUAGCUACAAAUGAGACAUUGGCUACUAAUGUUACUGUGAGACAAUCUUUUCAGAGUCUUGGUCUUAGUGAUGACAUUUCUGGUUUCCAAACCAAGAACCCAUCGAUGAUUGAUCUUCCACUCAUUGAAGCUUACAAGAGCGUGGUGACUACGUUGGGAAACCACAAUUUGAUGGUGGUAUUAGACAACCACUUGACCAAGCCAGGGUGGUGCUGCCGCUACAACGACAGCAACGGUUUCUUUGGCGAUACUUUCUUUGAACCUGGCACGUGGAUCGCAGGUCUGACUAAGAUAGCUACACUCUUCAAAGAUGCCUCCAAUGUGGUUGGUAUGAGCCUCAGAAAUGAACUUAGAGGACCUAGACAAAACGUCGACGAUUGGUUCAAAUACAUGCAACAAGGAGCCGAGGCGGUCCACGGAGCAAAUCCUAACGUACUUAUAAUCCUUUCUGGUCUCACCUACGACACCGACCUUUCUUUCGUCCGGUCACGACCCGUUAACCUAACUUUCUCCGGGAAACUCGUCUUUGAGAUCCAUCAAUACUCUAUCCCCUACACAAAAAUAUGGAGUUCCAAAAACCCUAACGACGCAUGCGGGGACAUUCUGAAAAUCCUCGACGACGGAGUCGGUUUCAACCUCCGGGAAUUCCCGGUGUUUCUUAGUGAGUUUGGAAUCGAUGUGAGAGGCGUAAAUGUUGUCCAGAACCGGAAUUUAGGAUGUCUAUUAGGUUGGGCGGCGGAAAAUGACGUAGAUUGGGCGAUUUGGGAACUUGGUGGAAGUUACUAUCUCAGAGAAGGUGUGGUCGGAAUGAUUGAAUAUUACAGUGUCUUGGAUUCUGAUUGGAUAAGUGUUCGAAACAACAGUUUCCUGCAAAGACUGUCUCUGAUUCAAUCCCAGCUUCAAGGACCGGAUCAUCAAUCCAAAGUCAACAAUCUUGUUUUCCACCCGUUGUCUGGACUUUGCAUGCUACAAUCUUUCUUAGAUCCCACCAAGGUCACUCUCGGUCGAUGUAAUGAAUCUCAACUAUGGAACUACACUACUGACAAUACCUUAAAACUUCAAAACAAGUCUCUAUGCUUAGCGAACACUGGACCAAAUGCACCGGUCAAGCUCAGUGAGACGCGUUGCUCGAGCUCUAAUUUGUCUAAAUGGCAAACCAUCUCAGCCUCUAAUAUGCUCUUAGCUGCGACGUCAACUAAUAACUCGCUUUGUCUUGACGUCGAUGGAGACAAUACCCUCGUAGCUACCAACUGCAGGUGUGUGAACGGCGAAGAUAGCUCGUGUGAUCCGAUGAGCCAGUGGUUUAAGAUCGUCAAAGUCAAUAAAUAA